AUGGACACGAACUCUUAUCGUAUGGUAAAAAUAAGGUAGAUCGCUGACCUUUGCAUGCUUGCAUCGACUUUUUUCAAAGAUGCCUCAAAAAUAAUUAAUAAGCAUUGUGAUGAAGAUAAUGAUCAAACUACUACUCCUAAGAAAAAAUCUAACUCCCCCCCAUCCUUGAUCGAACGAUUGACUGUAAAAAUUCCUAAAAAUUGGGGAAAUUAACCCCCAUCCUUGAUCGAACGAUUUUCAUAUCAUGACAAUUUUUAUAUAUAUAAAAUAUAUUAGUUAUCAAAAGCUUGGGAAGAUGUACAUAAUGAAGUUGUUUUCAGAACUUUGAGACGACAGAAAGCUGCGGAAUCAACCAUCUGAAGUGAUUUAAUCAUCAACCUAGGCUUAAAAAACUCAAUAAUCUAAUAAAAUAGAGAUUCUUUAAAAUUUUUAAAAAAAAAUUAAUUUAAUAAGGAACAAAUUAAAAUUUAUACAGUUUAAAUGUAACUAAUAAAUCAAAAUAUUAAAAUUGGUAUUUUUAUGAAAUAAAUUCAAUUUUUUGCUGUAAAAAUAAUUAUUAAAUACUCUUAACCCUCUUAUUUAAAAGUAAAUAAAAAAAAUAUAUAUAUAUAUAUUUUUUAUUUUAUAUAUAAAAUUUUUUUUCCCCAAAAAAUUUUUUUUUUAACCCCCAUCCUUGAUCGAACGAUGGCGAGUCGUUCGAUCAAGGAUGGGGGGGGGGAGUAAGAAAGAAAAGGUCCAUGCGAAAUCUGGCUAUCAAAUGUUUAUUCAAAAAAGGAUGAAUGAUUUAAAGCAAAACCCUGAAAACACAGGAAGCACAAUGGGGCAACUUUCUGCAAUCAUUUCUAAAGAAUGGCAAGCAAUGGAUUCAUCUGAAAAAGAAGUUUGGAAAGAAAAAGCUGAGGAAUUAAAGCAGCAAGUAGAAUCCUCAGAGGCUCCAAAAAUACCUGUUGAGACGCCUAAAAAGGUAGAAGAAAAUAAGGAGCCUGUGAUCAAACCUAGAGAAGAAGCAAAAACGCCAGUAAAAAAGGCAAAUGAAGAAGAAAGCAAAGAAAAAACAACAAAAAAAGCUAAUGAUGAAGAAAAUAAAGAAAAAUCGACAAAAGAAGAAACUAAAGAAAAAGUUGUGAGAUCAAAAGAAGGGAAAAAGAAAGCAGAAAAAAAUCAAAAGAACGCAAAUGAUACAGAAAAACCCAAAAAACGAUCCAAGAAAGCGGAGACUGCUGCAGCUAAGGUGAAAAAAGAAGAACCUGAAAGUUUAAGCGAGACCGAAAGUGAAGAAGAAAAGCCAAAGAAAAAGGCUAAAAAGUCUGAAUAA